AUGACCAUGAGUUCAACCGGGGAAAAUUAUAUUAUACACAAGGUCUCAACAAAGCGCACUCGGCAAGCUUGUGAUCCCUGUCGGUAUGUGGCAAGGCAACGCUGCUCAUACGAAGCGCAGACAUCCAGCAAUGCAAGAAGCAGGAAUAAGCCGGAACCGGCUCCGGCUCCAGCUCAGGACCAUGAUCAGCGAAAUGAGUCUAAUGAGAUCCAGGAUACGCCGAAUGCUGAUAGGCUGCAGCGUAUCGAAGACAGGUUAGAAACGAUGACGCGUUUGCUGCAAGAGGGUUUACCCAAAGCCACUGUCUUGCAUGGAACAACAACCGAAAAUCAUCAUGUGGACCAUGGGUAUGAAAUACGGGAUGCUCAUGAUGAACCUCAACAGCUCAAUAAUCCGAAUAACCAAGUUGAAACCGGGUUCCCUGCCGGUUUCAUAGAGCGAGAAGUAGAGAUUUAUCUAACGCACUUCCAUGACCAACCAUACUGUGUGCUCUCGAAGAGAUGGCUUUUGGAAAACGCAAGCUCAUUGCCUCUAGAGAUUUCACUUCCAUUAGUGGCUCUUACAUCUCAUCUUCCUCGGAGAUCAAGGGAGACCUUACUUGAAGAUUCAAUAGACGCAAAGUCACUAUCAGAGAAGGCCUGGAAUAUUGUAUCAAACCAAUACAAAGAUGGAAAGAUGAGUCUAUUAGCCCUCCAGGGCUCUUUUCUCAUGGCACAAGCAGACUUCGCCAAUGGAUUUGGACACAGAGGAUAUGCCUCUGUUGCAUUUGGCCUGCGAACUAUUCAGUCUGUUGGUCUGAAUAAAAAUCAAUAUUCACACUCUUCAAAUACACUCGACAGCGAAGUGAGAAAGCGCCUCACAUGGGCUUUCUUCAUGCUUGAUCGCACAUACAGUGCCUCGCGCAAUUAUUCACUUUCGCUAACAGACAAGCACUUUACUCUUCCGUUCCCUUCUCAAGAGAAAGGUCCUCCUUUCAAUGAACCUACUGCGGCCGUCCAUGGAACAUUGCAUGAUGGACCUGGGAAGCAAGGCCAGAAAGUCGACCACGGUAUUCUAGCAUGUCUCCUUCGAUUAUACGCACUUUGGGGGAAAGCAACAGAAUACGUCUUUGAAACAUUCGCAGAUAACCCACUGCCACCUUGGCAAACAGGGUCUGCUCUCGCAAUCCUCGAGUCGGAGUGGCUACAGUUCGAAACUCAUUUUGCAGACGCCCAUCGGUACAUCAAUGUCGACUUCAAAAGACGCGCCCGAGAAGAGCCACAAUCGCGCACAUACCUUUCUACUUGGGUUUGUGUCCAGUUUCUCUUCCAUUCGAUUCAAUGUCUGCUGCACCAUCCCUUCGUUAUCAUGACGAAACUUCGGGAUUUCAAUGGAAACAUAUCAACAACCUUCUUACAAAAGUCUUUUGAGACGUCACUUCUGCAUUCUAGGUGGAUUGUGCGGUUUAUCAAGGAGAUGGAGGAAGUCAAUUUCGAGACUUGUGAUCCGUUCCUGGGAUACUUGGCUGCGAUCGCUGCUACCAUUCAACUUGAGCACACUGGGAGUAAAAAUCCGCAGAUAGCUUUGCUGCUCAACAAAGAGUUUCGAGUUCUCGUCGACUUUAUGACAGAAUUAUCUGUAUAUUGGGAAAAUAUGAGGGUCUUGGUUCGCAAAGUGAAUGAACUGGCUGCUCGUCACCAUAAUUAUGGAUCCCUUUACUACAACCAAGAAGGAUUCUCGGGCGCAUUAUCCAAAAUGCCAACCCCGUCCAAUAUGCCUAGAAUGUCUGCUGAGGAUGAAGCGAUCAUGUGGGAAAUUCUCGAUUUCGGUUCUUCUUCUGGGGGGGCUUCCCAAGCUCAGUCUGGAGAUCUAGCUAUGCCUCAGGAUCGCAGCAUUGACUUUGGAGCAGGGAAUAGGAUUGAAAAUGAUUCUGGUCCUUUGGAAGUCUCCCAACGAACUGGCAAUUGCCAAAAUGAUUUCAUGGACAGUAAUCUGCCAGGUCGAGGUAUCUCGCUUACUGAUCAAAUAUCUAGAUCUAUCAAUGAGAGUCCCUUGCCAGACUGGACUUUGUCGGGGAGUGGCAAUGAUGUUAUGGGGGCUGGGAUCCCGGACAUUCCAGAGUGGAUGAUCUUGGGUGAUUACAUGGCAGAGCAUCUGUAA